AUGGCGACGCAGCGGAAACAGCCCAUGAAGAUUGGCCUGCCCAGCGUAAAGCAGAGCGCAAAACCUCUGGGAAAGAACAGCACCGUGGACGAGUCGAGAACCGUGGUGUCAGGUGGAGGCUACGCAACCAAAGCCGCACAGGAAGUUUUCAGCAUCUCCAGCGACUCCUCAAGUAACCAUGACGCCGACGAUUCAGAUGAUGCAGCAGCGGAAGAUUUCUCCAUGGAAGAUGCAGCCGAGCCCGCGAAUCUCAACGAAGACGAACACGACGACGGAGAACUGGCAGAGCCCUCCUUCGGCGAUCGCAUACAGGCCCUCGCAGACGAGCCCAUAGACGUCGCCGCAGCCUUUCACGACCCGUCCCAAGCCCUCACCAUCCCCGGCACGCAAAUACAACCUCCGACCGGCGCAUCGCUCGGCAUCACCCUCUCCCAAGCCCUGAAGACCAACGACGUCGCGCUCCUUGAGGUGUGUCUCUCGACGACCGACCCCAACACCAUCCGCGCCACGAUACAGCGUCUAGAGUCGCCGCUCGCAGGUAUCCUGCUACAGAAGAUUGCAGACAGGCUGUUCAAGAGACCGGGCAGGGCAGGCAGCUUGAUGGUGUGGGUGCAGUGGACGGCAGUCACGCAUGGCGGAUAUCUAGCCACGCAGCGCGACUUGAUCAAGAAGCUGGCCGAGCUGGACAGAGUUGUAGACGGCCGGAGCAUGGCGCUGCGGCCUGUGCUAGCGUUGAAGGGAAAGCUGGACAUGAUGGGCGCGCAGUUGGAGUACCGCAGAAGCAUGCAAGAUCAGAGAAGGCGAUCAGAUGAAGAUGAAGAGGAUGAGAACGUCAUUUACGUGGAAGGGGAGGAGGACGCGGAGGGAGGUCUGAAGCUACAGAAUGGAGAUAUUCAAGAUCUGGAUAGUGACAUGGAGGAUGAUAUGCCGAUGACGAACGGCGCCAACUCGGACUCGGAAGAUGACUCCAGCGAUGAUGCCGGGGAAGGGCUUUUCGACGACCAGGCGGAGGAGACAGACGCGGAUACGGGGGACGAGGACGAGGUCGACAUGGAAGAUGACUCCCGCGGCGAGGAAGACGACGAUAGCGAUGCCGGGCCUCCGCCUGCGAAGUUGUGCAAGACCAAAUCGGCAUUUUCGAAGAGGAGGUAG